AUGAUGAACCAUUUCAAUCUUAGUAAAGCGUUCUAUCCAUUGUUGUUGUUGUUUUUUCUUUUGUCAAACAUCCCGUUGUCGAUUUCCGAGAUAAAGAACACUUGGAUUUUGGACGAUUAUCGAUCGAUGAUCUUAUUCGAAAAUUUUGGGUUCGGUAAACACGGCCAUAUAUCGAUUUGGGUGACCAAUGUUUCGUGGAUGUCAAGAGUUGAGAAUGUGAAAUUCAACCCUUCUUCAAUGGGGUUUUUCAUCGCGGAUGUUCCUUCGUUCCGAAGAAUCUGGAACGAAUCCUUGCACGAUAAAACCUAUUGUGUUUUAUCGAGAAAGCAUGCGGAGAUCAUAUUAAGGUUUGAUCACCUAGAACAGGACUCAACUUAUCGUGGUUCGACCGAUAUUGAUGAGCCGGAUGAGUAUAAUUUGGUGUUCGGGAACUGUCAACCGGAGUUCAAAGUGUCAAUGCAUGUACAUACGGAGAUGUACAAUCUUAGAGAAGGCGAAAAGGAUUUCUUGUCUGCCGGGAAAGCGCCAUUGCCGAAGCUUUAUUUUUUGUUGUUUCUUAUAUACGCUGCGUUUUUCAUUGUGUGGGUCAUUGCUUGUAAGAAUCAAAGGCCUAGGGUUGAAAAGAUACAUUUGAUAAUGGGUGCAUUGCUCAUUUGCAAGUGCCUAAAAAUGAUAUGUGCCUCCGAAGACGCAAUUUAUGUACAAAAAACAGGCACUCCGCACGGUUGGGAUGUCGCGUUUUACGUGUUCGGCUUUUUCAAAGGCAUCAUGUUGUUCACCGUCAUUAUACUAAUCGGUACGGGCUGGUCCAUACUGAAACCCUACCUCCAAGAACGCGAAAAACAGGUCUUGAAAGUAGUGAUCCCAUUACAAGUCCUCGAAAACAUCGUUUACGUCAUAAUUAAUGAAACUGGCCCCGCGACAAGAGAUUGGUUAACAUGGAACCAAUUGUUCUUACUAAUCGACAUCGCGUGUUGUUGCGUCGUGUUUUUCCCGAUCAUCUGGUCGAUCCGGAGCCUAAAAGAGGCAUCAAAGAGGGACGGGAAAGCGGCAAAAAACCUAGAGAAACUGACCCUCUUCAAGCAAUUCUACAUAGUCGUGAUAGUUUACUUGUACUUCACACGAAUCGUGGUGUCCGCCAUCGGAGCUUUCUUGAACUACUGGUUCGUGUGGUUGGUUCCGGUGCUGGAAGAAGGCGCGAGCUUGCCAACGGAAACAAAUCCGUAUUUGGUGAUUGAUGACGAGGAAGAAGAAAAUGCAGCUGCUCAAAUGGAAGAAAAUAAUGAUGAUGAUGAUCCAUUUGAAUUAUAGUGUGUUUUAUUUUGAGAUUAAUUGUAAUAAUCUUGAUUUAAAAGUAAUUAGGUUUUAGUUUUGUACGUUGGAAAGAAAAAGCUUCAACAUCAAAUUUCAGGGUUUUGUUUGUAAUGUAAUAUGUAUAGAGAAUUUGGAAUUUAAUGAAUACGAAAUUCGUUGGUA